AUGCAAACCGAGCUACUAAGUGAUAAAAUCUUGGAUCCCACACAUAUACUUAUUUGCACUCAAACGGUACACUUGAAUUCUGUUGUUACCUUCAAACUCCAGUCCGAAGUGGCCAUGCUGCGUGAACAACAGACGAAACGGGAAGCCGAACUGCGCAGUUCGUAUGACGCGGAGCUUUUUCGUUUACAAAAUGUGAUCACACGAUUUCAGAACACUCGAAACUCGGUGGACCAAACGGCUCAUUCGAUCAGCUCACGUCUCCAGUCCGCAUCGAAUACAAGCCCGCGUUUGAACGCUGCCUCGACACGUCCUGGUCAACCGGACGAAACCAACGAGGCGAGCGAGCAGAUUGCCCGAUUACAAAGCGAAUUGGAACGUCAAGAUCAACUGAUUGCUGGAUAUCAACGUGAAAACGAGCGACUGUAUACAGAAAUCAAACAAUACAACAAAGAGAAUCAACCAACCCGAGAAAUGGUCGAAACAGCGGAACGUUUGGCCAGUGAAAACGCUUCACUUCGAGUGGAACUCGAACGCGUGGAAGAACAGAAUCGACAGCGUGCUAAACGGAUUGAAGAACUGCUUCAAGAUGAUCACUAUAGGAACCAGGCCAAUCGAAUUACCGAACUGGAACAAAUUGUGAGCUGUUUGAAUAUCAAUUUGAGGAACACACAACAAGAACUCGAUGCAGCGCGUUUAGAAAUUCAUAACCGGGAUCAAAAGGUUCGUCAGCUGACAACCGAACACAAACACCUAACUGAAACGCUUGAGUGCGAACGAUACGAGAAUCGAGUGGAACGGGAGAAAUUACAAGAAUCACAUCGUGACACCGUCGAAGAACUUCAACGCAAAUUACAGUGGUAUUUGGAAAACCAGGCCCUUGUUAAUCGAGAUCAGGCCAAACUGCAAGCUCAGCUCAAAGAAAUGACAAAUCUGAAAGAAAAACUCAUUCAAACUCAGUCGCAGUUGUCGGAUAAUAAUAAAUUCAAACAACCGCCGGGCGAACCAAAUCACUACGAAGAUCGAAUUAAGGCACUGAUGGAACAACAAACCCGAAAACAAGGUCCGUCACGAAGGCAUUCUGUGGAAGUUCAAACUACUCCGGUUACGCUUCAUCCACACAGUUCCAUCGAUGACACAUCGUUAGCGGCAACUAUGGUGAAUUAUGAGGAGCCUCAGACAGUCCAUCGGUUACUCGAAAAACUUAGAAGUCAGAUUGGUCAUUUGAAAUACGAGCUGGCCGAUCGGCAGCGUGCGAUUGAUGAGCUUCAACGAAUCUCCUGCUUGAACACUUCGACCGGUCCAGAAGCACAAGGCACUAAAGGAGUUACACGAUACACGGGGACAAAACACGUCACGGGUGCCUCCGUCCGACCGGCUCGGAAGACCACGUCCGCUUUUGUCCGAGUCCCACCGAGACAAAUAAACAUGGUGAUACCACAUGCUCAACCAACAGCUCAAAAACGCGUGUUUACCAGAUCACAAAACAGAACAAACCGUCUGGAGGAUCUAGAGGAAAACCUGACAGAAAUGGCCACUGCUCGACUUGAACUACAAGAUCGGAUUAACGAGCUUGAAAACCAGAUGUCACAAAUGCAUGAACGAGGUCCGACGCCCAGAAAAGUAGUCACUCGGGAAGCAACUACAUCAACAGACGGGAUCCGAACCACAGAUGAGCAAAUAGGUGCACGAAAGGAGGAAAUCAAACGAUUAGAGAGAGAGCUGGAUAAACAAACAUGUGUAAUCGUUGAACUUCAAACGGAACUCGAUAGAAUCCGUCGAGACAGUCACUCUCAGACUGGACUGUGGAAGAGACCUGACUCGAUUGAGACAUCUAACCGGUUCGAUCAUUGGACGCGAACCAAUCGGGACCUAAUGAACGAACUUGCCAGAGAACGGGAACGUUCCGGCGCUCUGGAAAGACAACUGGUCACACUAAAAUCAUUGCAUCAGGUCCGCAUAGCUGACCAGCCCGUGCACCAGGCCCUAUCCAAACUCUUCGAUCAACUUUGCGCAGUCGAACAAGCAUCGCAUGCUGCUCGAAAAACCGUCUGGUAA